UCAAACGCAUUCUCCGUUUCCAUUAUUAUUAUUAUUCUCUCGGGUAUUUCCAUAUUACAACAGCUUCGAAAGAUUAAUUUCAAAAUAAGUUUAUUCGAUUACCUUACUCUUGGAAGUUUAAAUCCGCAGAAGUAUCUAGAAACCGACCACAGAUAUUAUAUGCGAAUGAUUUCCCCUAACCAACGUAUAAUUGUUCAUCUGGAGACCUUUUCUAUAGCCAAUUAUUUCUUCACGAGUCGAUAAAUCAUUUCAAUAGCUAUAACGUCCAAUUGGAUCGGGGCGCAUGGACCAAUUGUGCUUAGCGCUUUGUGUUCGCUCACAGUUUUUCUCCAUUGUCUUCGUACUAGUUCAUCAUCUUUCUCAUCCACUCCGUUUUGGCGAUCUUGUCUGCCUCGCAUCCUUCUUCACUCUGCUGUUUGUCUUGCAGAAGCUGAUUUUUCGAAGGUGAAAUCGGCGUUCAUCGUUGCCACCGCUUCCGUCGCUCCUGCUAAUGAUGAUCAUCAGAUCGGAGUGAAUGCCAUCCGGUCCAGUUCAGUGUCAGAUGAACAGAUCUACGAAGAGACACAACGUCAUACGGCAACAGUGUUGAAGCAGUCGAAGACAAAACAGUUUGCAUUAUUACGGUAUGAUGCUGGUAACUAUGCUGGGCACCGGUGCAGACUCGAGGCGGCGUAUUGCCCCGGCCUAAUCGAAAUCUGCUUCCAAAUUUUGAUGGCCACACAGCGACGGUUGUUGACUGCUGCUUCAGCUGCAGCCGUUGCCCUUUGCAGCAGUGGGACCACCGUGGCAGUAGCAGCAAGCGAAGAACGGCUGUGUGUCAUUGUCCCUCCUAUGAUGUGUGCAUGUGCUCAUGCCUGCCGUUGUCGUUGUCGUGUGUGUUUAUGUGUCCGGCUGUGUGUUCUCACUCGCUCAGUCGUAAGUGACACGUCAGCUCCAAUGUGAGCCGGGCGAAUGGCAUCAGGGGCAAAAAAAGAAGAAGAAGAAAUUGAGAACGCCGCCGCUGCCAAGAAGGCAAGGCAAAGCGAAAGGAGGCAAAAGCAACGCACCAGCGUUGGUGGUGGCCGCGGCGGCAGGGGCGAAGGGGCAACGUAACGGGACCUACACGCGCAGCAGCAGGGGCCCCCGGGGCCGUUGUCGGAGCUGAAACCAACAGCGGAUGGUGGCAGUUGCCGAGCGAAGCUGAGGGCCCCCGAAGCAACCGUGAGGGUGAACGGUUAGCGCGCAGCGCUCUCGCCAGGGCAGGCGCGCCACGUUCACUUCCGCCCGGGCGUCCGCCGCAGCCGCUGCUCUGACGUCGCCGCCGCCGCCGCCCGUAAGCCCCGACGUCCCGCGCUGGCGAACAGCACAGCGCCCGGCAGAGGAACAACAAGCGAACGAACGAAAAACUGAACGACUAGCGAACCAAUCAACGACUCAAGCUACUACGUCCAUUAUCAACACGGUCACUAUUAGCGAACGCUCCAAUCCAUCUAAAAGGCAACGAACUACUGCUGGUGCUGCUGUGAAAUUGCAGUCCCCGGGCCACUAUCUUGCGUUUGUCAUAGGCUAACAAUACACUGUUGGCCAUUCAGUUAGACGUCUGGACCACUGGAAGAAUACACCAAAAAAAAGAUUUUCUAGUGCCAGGUUUUUGAGAAGCGUCUUCUACCAUAUUUAAUCUGCAAGCGGUUGUUGCUGUUCGUGUUGCUUGUGUGAUGUGCCGAGGAUACUGAAACCGUCGGAUUGUUUGCCGGGCAGGCAAACACCUGCAGAGAUACGGUCAUCGGAGGUGUGGCAAUGUUCUCUGAGCGUGAAGUAGUUGAAGUGCAUGUUUUGGUCGAUCAGACAUCAGAAAAAAAGGAAUAGUGGUGCCAAUCUGGAGUGAGGAAAAUAGUAAAAAAAAAAAAAAAGGAAAAGCAAAGACACAAAGAGUAUACUAGUCAAUGCUGGUCUCGCGCGCCUCAGACCUGAGGCCGUCGCUUAGAACCUUUCCUUUUCCCUAAGGUCCGUUAUUUCUCUACGUUACCCCUCGUAUCCCAUAAAUAUCGUGGUAACCUCUGGAUGUUUCUCAUUUUUACGGAUGUAAGUAACAACGAAUAGAUAUUUCGGCGGUUGCGAGGCAGAACAUCAGUAACAGGGGUGCACGGCCAACGUUUCCAGCACCACUUGAAUACGUUACAUACAGUGAGAUGAUCAACGAUUUCACAAAGGGCUACCCAGUCUGUUCUCCUACUGUAGUUCGACCUGCAACAUUUGUGCCGUUACCGACUAGUGUAAUCUGUGCAUAAUAACUCAAAUGUUUACCAAGUGCCAUAUACAUCGUGAUUAGCUUAGGCUUGACGGAAUUGAGCAGUGCAGCGCAAGCCAAGCCCGGCAAUUGGAUAUCUCUUGGUUUUCCUGGUGUUGGAUCAACGCUAUCAUCAUCAUCGUCUGUCGAAUCGCGCACUCAAUCGCUCAUUCCGAUCAGCUGGAGCGGUACCCAGCCCUCCACUUGAAGUGCCACUCUUUCUUCCGUGUUACCAGCUAGUUUAGCCACCUGCCAGUUGUCUAGCUACUCAUUAUCAUUUCUACAAUCAUUGAUUUAAACGUCUCUUUGCUCAAAGGGGUGUAUCAGUGAAGCUCGCAUAUGACCGCUCGGUACAGCCAGCAACGGCUAUGACUCUGGCCGGGGGCUUUUUGACCUCCCUGGCGUCAAUGCCUGUACGCCUGCUGCCGCUCCCGUUGGUAUCCCGAACGUACCCCGACCCCCUGGGUAGCGGCCCGGGCCUGGGAGGGUCCCGGUACAACAGGGCGACCAUGAGAAAUGGGCCCCUGCAAUCGGGCCUUGUCGGUCUCGGGGUUCUGGCGUUCGCGGUUGGCCAGACUUCGGCACAACUGGCAGUCGACACGGUACCCGAGCUUGGCCUUUCAAGCCGAUUCUCCGGUGGCUGGUGGCUAAGUGGUUCACGGACUUUGUGGCUUCUUACGCUCGUGUUAUCGUGCAUCAUACCCCUCGCAUUAGCCUUAAUGCGUCGGAGACGGAUAGCAGAGCUAAUUAUGAAAAUACCUGGACCGCACGUCACGCACCCAGUGCUCGGAAACCUCGACGUGCUCUUCGAGCUGAACAAGUAUCGCCAUCUGUUAUCGCCUCACAUCUUGCUAUUGCAGACGAUGUGCGGCUUGGCGGAGAUCUACGAUUCGGAACGUAUCUUUCGAUUUUGGCUGGGCUUCCGUCCCGUAGUGGCGUUUUUUAAGGCCGAGAGCGUCGAGGUCAUCCUGAGCAGUAAUACGGUUAUAGAUAAAUCGUUCGACUACACGCUGUUACAUCCCUGGCUUGGCACAGGUCUACUAACUAGCUGGGGCGGAAAAUGGCGCCUUCGUCGAAAAAUGCUUACGCCAGCCUUCCAUUUUCGCAUUCUGGAAGACUUUGUACCGAUCUUCAACGAACAGGCCCAGAUUUUUGCAUCUCUACUACAACCCCAUGCAGACAAAAGGACAGUAGACAUCGUCCCGUACAUUACGAUGUGCACGCUCGACAUUAUCUGUGAAACGGCAAUGGGUGUCAAAGUGGGCGCUCAACAAGAUUCGAAUUCUCGUUACGUGCGUGCUCUGUAUGAAGUGGGCGAAACGUUUAUGGCACGCAUAAUGCGACCAUGGUUAUGGCCAACCAAGCUGUUCUUUAUGUCAGCACGUGGACGACGCUUUCAGGAGAACCUUAGUCAUUUGCACAAUUUCACAAGAAAGGUAAUUCAAGACCGCAAGGCAGAAUUGCUUAAAGAAAAGAAUGGCGAGCUCGAGAUAACCCAAAAUCAACCAGAUCAACACAUGGGGGUAAAACGGCGCAAGGCGUUUCUUGAUCUUCUGCUAGGACAUCAUCUGCAGAACAACGCUUUGUCUCUAGAGGACAUUCGAGAGGAGGUGGAUACGUUUAUGUUUGAGGGGCAUGACACAACUGCAAUGGGCAUCGCGUGGUCAAUGUACCUGAUCGGCCUUCAUGAGGACGCACAGAAAAAGAUCCAAGAGGAGUUAGAUUCAAUAUUCGGGGACGAUCGUGAGCGACAUAUUACCACAGACGACCUCAAACGGAUGAAGUAUCUUGAAUGCGCUAUUAAGGAGGCACAGCGUCUAUUCCCUUCAGUGCCAUUUAUCGGUCGGGAACUUAUGGAGGACGUCGUUGUCAAUGGAUACACGGUUCCUCGCGGCACGACAUGCUUUGUCUUCACGUACAUGCUACAUCGAGACAAGCAGAUUUUCCCCAAUCCGGAAGCGUUUAUACCUGAGAGAUUCCUGCCUGAGAACUCAAUAGGACGCCAUCCGUUUUCCUACGUACCUUUCUCGGCAGGGCCAAGAAAUUGUAUCGGGCAAAAGUUUGCCCUUAUGGAAGAGAAGGUUGUUUGCGCUACCCUUCUGCGUCGAUAUCAGAUCCAGUCGGUACAUCAUCGAGACAAAAUCCAUUUGUUGGCUGAAUUGGUCAUACGAUCGAAGCAAGGCUUGAGAGUUCGCUUCAGGGAAAGACCACCUUCGCACAACGUUGGCCACAACAACAGUCUGAGGUGGUCGUGUCCGGCCGGACCUGCUCGUCAACACUGGCUCAGCGAAAAUAGCAGACUGUUCGACGAUGACAUGCGAUUGCACUCCAUCUAGCAAAAAAAAAUAGCUAAUGCUGCCAUUCAGCUAAUAGCUCCUUAAGCUUAGUCUCAUGUAGACGCCUGACUUGUUAUACCUGCAUUGCGUCUGAGGGAUAAGAAAGCGUGUUUCUAAGUAGAUAUAAAUAGAAAAAGAGGAAACAGAUUAAUUAAUGGGGACUUGGUGGGAACUUCGUUGUAUGCAAAUUAAUGCAGGUUGUUCACGCUGCAGGCACAAGCGUCGGCGUUUGUCAUGUAGUCAGGUACCUUCCGCCUCGGUAGAAGGACCUUAGUCCUAACGGAGGACGUUGGCGGUACUUCACAUAGUGAGAUGUGUUGAUACUCGUUGUCUUCGAUGGCUAUCGACAGCCAUCUAUCUGAUGCCAACGAUGUUAACCAGUACGGCCUCAUUAGGGCCAAUCUACCCUGCCCUUGACAUUUCUUGUCAUGCGGCGGGAACUGUGUCCAUGGCGGCUUGCGUCCUCCAAAGGUUGUACAGCUUAACGAAUUGGUGAUGUCUGCUCUAUAUGUUAUUUAAGAAAACGUACGCGCCCCACAGAGUGAUGGAAGGGCAUCACUUCCAGUGGAGGCAUCCCUUGUAAAUAGUCUUAUAACCACAGACGAUGUCUGCAUAUUGAAGAUGGUCGCAGGCCAAAGGUGUGACAAGUAAAGGGUUUUUGGGUCUCUGCCAACAACACAUCGGCCAGUCAAUAACAGUACAGUCAUUCAAACAGUCACAUACACACAGACAUGCGGCACAAAUGCAUGCCUUCUGGUCUCCUGAAGACAGUUCACGACCACCAUAACCCACGACUUGAACCGGUCUGCCUGGUAUAUCGCAAGGUUCUUUGAAGCCGAAGAUGUUCUUCGACUUUCAUCUCUAAGGGCAUAAACAAAACGAAGAUCACGCGAGUAACACAAAUGAUCGAUCACACAAUUACUAAUCAUGAUGACGAUUGUGGUAAUGAUUACGAUGACAAGACAUUACUCAAAACGUGGACAAUGUCAUACUUUCUCCUACAUAUUGCGAUGCAGAAUUUCGACGACGGACGAAUCUAUUUAGAAAUGGCGCAGGCGCUAGAAUUCCCCUAAUUAUAUUUUAAAGCAAAAUAUAAUUUUGACAUUUGCGCAAACAGUAAUCAUGAAAAAAUAGUUCAACUUUCUGGCCACGUCAUCUUGUAAUAUAGAAUUUAGACACUAACAUAAUAAAUAAGAUUAAUAGUAGAAUCAGCUCUAGCCGGAAUAAGGUCGGCAUUACUCCAAACACGUAAUGGACGGAUCAAAAUCCAUUGAACGGGAAAUCGCAAAAUGCAGAAGGACAUAACCGUUGAUUUUUCCAAUGGCCUAGUUGCUACCGUAAGAAUAAGCGAAGUUAUUAAUUAUAUCUAGGUAUACCCCGUUCAAACAAUGCUCAGCUAGUCGAAAAGCUCACAGAGUAGCCGACCCGCCAUUGUUGUCGCAUGGCACAUCUAAGAUAAACAAUGUUCCUAGGUUGGAACGACAAUUGUUAAUAUUAAUAAUAAAAUAUUAAUCUGAGUUAUUAUAUUCUAAUAAUAACAACAACAACAACAACAACAACAACCAAGAGUGGUAUCGAUUGAAGAGCUCUAAUCAGCAAUUGAUUAAUGGUACCGAUAAUAGGGCGCCAAACUGGGCAGAGGACAAGGCGAGAUCGACCCAAUCUUAAAUAUCUAGAUCGUCCAGCACAAAAUAAGAGUCGCUUAUACGAAAAUAAUAAAGAAAUCGGUGUCAUCAAUAUAAAUCGAAUUCUUCAACAAAGGUUAGGUACACAAGAAAUAUGCAAAAGGGGAGAUCAAUAAACAAAUGGAAAUGAUGUAACGUACGGAACGACUGUUUUCACUCAUAUCACUAUUACUAAAAAUUGAGAACAUAAAACGAUUUGGAACUUUCUAUUCUAGAGGCCCCUUAAGCAAACACAGUGAAGUUAAUCGAAGUUGAAAAAUUUACACUUGACAUUACCACUUAAUAGUUAAUAAUAAAUAUUAAUAGUUGAAAAAUACUGAUAUCUGAAUCCAGGCUGUCAUGCUUUACUACCGUGGUAAGGUAUUUUUUCGGUUAUAGGUGGCAUUCGUCCAUUUGCCUAAGGAUUUACGAAAUUAUGUUCUCCGCCUGUUACUUUAUAUAUUCUGCUAGCGGGGCAAAGAGCUGUUAACGAAGACGAGUGCAGGUCACGAGCAUCUCUCGUCGGUGGGCAUACGUGCGAAAGCAAUAUAUGCACGAGACAGUGGACAAACUGUUACCAAAUGAGGAGCGUUACUUUCUAAUCCUCUGCUCUAUCUGUACCAUGCUUUAUUUCGAUUGUCAUAUCAGGAAAAGAUGAAAAGGUCUUUUCACUACUCACACAGCUGUAUGAAAGUGUGCAUUCUAGCUUGGGUAAAAAAACAAUUA